AUGCGGAGGACGACAAGCCCAAUAGGUCAAGCAGGGAUAAGAGACCAAGGAAAAAGUAGCGAUCGCUUCUUUUACUCCUUUUUACUCGCCAUUGUUUAUGACAACGGCACAGACACAAUUUUCAAACCUGAGCAAGGAGAAGUGAACACACCAAGCGGAUUGCCGCAGCUGCAUUAUCGGAAUUUUCUUAAUUUUGUGUUGGGGCCCGACAAGCCAUUCCAGGUCACAUCAGAGGAGCAUCCGAUCAAGCAAGCACCAUUCAAGGAGACAAUUGAUAAUUUAGUAUUACUGGAUCCUGCUCGAAGAGAAACUGCUCAAACUCGAAGAAAAGUGACAACAUCACAUUCCUCUGUUUCAUGGUUCCAUGCGACAUAUAAGCCAAGUUUAAGGUUCAAAAGUUCGUUAUCAACAAUGCCUAUUCUCACUGAAGAUACGUACGCCAUGAUUUUUUUUGGCGAAGGGGAGUCCUGCUUGACACUCUGCCUAAAAUGGAACCUGAUAGUGACACUUCAUUUGACUAUUAGCUCAGCACUGUUCUUGACCAAAAGGAUCCUUGAUGUCAUUCCCUUCUAA